UUCUUGCACUCUACUCGUGUAAAGAAAAAAAGGGGAACCAGUGUAAUUUUGUCAGAAAUUAAACAUAUUGAAAUUCAUAAAGUUUACAAAAUAGAAAAGUUUAAUCAUCAUGGCUGAAGAAGAGGAUGAGACAUUCUUAGAGUUCCACGAGAUGGGAAUCGAUGACAGACUGUUGAAGGCCAUUUCCAAGCUAGGCUGGUCAAGUCCUACUCCAAUUCAGGAACGUGCAAUUCCAUUGGCUCUUGAAGGCAAAGAUGUUUUAGCCCAGGCCCGUACUGGAUCAGGAAAAACUGGUGCAUUUGUGAUUCCAGUUAUCCAGAAAAUUUUAGCUUCAAAACAGAUGGCCACAGAACAAAGUGUUAAAGCAAUUAUACUAACACCUACAAAGGAACUGUGUAGCCAGGCCCAUAAAAACAUACAGGAACUAACAACUUCGUGUUCACGUGAAAUUAGAUGUGUUGAUAUCUCCCCACAAGUACCAUUACCUACACAAAGACCGAUGUUAUCUGAAAAACCGGACAUUGUCGUCUGUACUCCAAGUCGUCUGCUAGCACACAUUGAGGCGGGAAAUUUAAACAUUAAACAGUCAUUAGAAAUGAUAGUAAUAGAUGAAGCUGAUCUCGUCUUCUCCUUUGGCUAUGAGGAUAAUGUUAAAGCCAUUCUCGGACAUAUGCCAAAGAUUUACCAGGCAUUUCUAAUGUCAGCUACACUCGGUGAUGAUGUUAAAGCCCUAAAGAAGAUGGUUCUACACAAUGCUGUGAUAUUGAAAUUGAAUGAGUCACAACUUCCUGAGACAUCUCAACUUACACAGUAUCAUAUAAAGUGCAGUGAAGAGGACAAAUUUGCUUUGAUUUACGCAUUGCUCAAAUUGCGACUUGUGAGGGGAAAAACUAUUUUAUUUGUGAAUAAUGUAGAUAGAUGUUACAAGUUACGUCUUUUCCUUGAACAGUUUGGAAUUCCAGCUUGUGUUUUGAACUCUGAACUCCCUGUAAAUUCAAGAUGUCAUAUUGUGGGACAGUUUAACGAUGGCCUGUACGAUUACAUUAUAGCAAGUGACGAGAACUUGUUGGUCAAUCCACAGGACAGACCAGUAGAUCCAAGCAAACAGAAAAA